CAUCCCUGCUCCACAAUGUGGCUUCUCCUCACCUUCUCCUUCUUGCUGACUGCAGCAGCGGUCCAGGACGACACUGACAAGAUCCUGGGAGGCGAAGAGUGUGAGCCCCACUCCCAGCCAUGGCAAGUGGCCCUAUUUGAGCGUGGACGGUUCAACUGCGGUGCUUCCCUCAUCUCUGAGCACUGGGUGCUGUCUGCAGCCCACUGCCAAACCCGCUUCAUGAGAGCGCGCCUGGGCGAGCACAAUCUGCGCAAGCGCGAUGGUCCCGAGCAGUUGAGGACCUUGGCUCGCAUCAUCCCACACCCGCUCUAUGAAGCACACAGCCAUCGCCACGACGUCAUGUUGCUACGUCUAACCCGGCCCGCGCGCCUCUCCCGGCAAGUGCGCCCCGUGGCGCUGCCCACGCGUUGCCCCCAACCGGCCGAGGCCUGCGUGGUGUCCGGCUGGGGGCUGGUGUCUGAUCACAAGCCUGGGACCAAAGGGAGCACAGACUCACAAGUGAGUCUCCCAGAUACCCUGCAUUGUGCCAACAUCAGUGUUAUCCCGGCCGCCUCUUGUAACAAGGACUACCCAGGGCGCCUGGUGGCCUCUAUGCUGUGUGCAGGAGCAGAGGGUGGAGGCACCGAGUCCUGUGAGGGUGACUCCGGGGGGCCCCUGGUCUGUAGGGGAGUCCUGCAGGGCAUUGUGUCCUGGGGUGACGUCCCCUGUGACACUACCACCAAGCCUGGGGUCUAUACCAAAGUCUGCAGCUACUUGGAGUGGAUCAAGGAAACCAUGAAGAGGAACUAACUAUUUGGGCCUGACACUGUGUCUCUGGCUGAGCACAAGCUCCCACAGCUGGCCAACAACCCCAUCCUGACCUGGGACAGAAGGGACAGAAUCAAGCCAUCCCUCAAGACCUCAUUUGUCCAAGGCCCACAUGUUAGGGCUUGUCCCGUCUUAGGCCAGAGCCAGUGCUCAAGGUCACCUGUUGAAACACUGAGAUAACAAGAGUGCUGAUGCAAGUUUCUCUGUAGGAGUUUCUGUGACUUUCUCCUGGCGAUGAAGGGAAGUGGGAACCAGACACUGGGAGCGGACCCAGAACCUCUGUACCUUGUUCCUUUUCACCCACUGCCCCGAUGCCUCGGUGAAGAGAAGUGGCUUGAAGGAGGGCUCCCUCCAUUCACAUAUGCAUAGGAUCAGCUGUGUAACCUUUAGGAAAAGACCCAAUGCCCCUCAGCUCUGAUUUCCCCAUCAUAAAACACAGCUCAUCAAAUUGCUUACCUCACGGGGUUGUAAGGGAUCAAAUGAGGAAGUUCCCAUGAACUGAUUCAAAUAGUGCCUGGCCCUGGGCAAAUAUAUCUCUGGACCCCAGUGAAAGGACCCAGCACACUCUAGAUGAUCAAGAAUGACUUCAUUUUCUUCGAUAUUUAGCUAUGGGCUUCCUGGUGGCCAGGCAAAAGGGCCAGUGCUCUCCUCCCCUUAGACACACAGCAGAGGCUGGGUUACCCUGUGGCCUACUUUAAUUUUACAGAAGAGCCAAGGGAAUGUGCCUUUGAAUUUAACAUUGAGGCUGCAGAUUUCUGGUUCCCGAUUCUCCACAGAGAUCACCCCAAAAGGUGAUUUUCAAGGUCGCUGAGUGUUGAACUACAUCAACCUGGCUCCUGUGACCUAAAUAUUUUGAAUCAGUCUCUGUGGAGGGGACGCUCUUGACCAUAGAAGGCAGACAGUCUGGUAUUCGUGGAACUUUGGAGGAUAUAACCUUGAGCAUCCAGAUCUGGGGAGCAUGGAGUGGGGGGCAGGGCGUAAUGGGAUUCCAACAUUGCCUGGGGGCAAAAAGAACUCUGGAUUUUGAAAUGUGAGGGAACUUAUUCAGGGAGACCACUGAAACUUCAUCGUUCUGGAUCUGGGGGCACUAGGAUUGUGGUGGUGCCGCACCCCCUGUUCAGUCCCGGAUCAUAGGCGGCUGGGAUUGUACGAAGAAUUCUUAACCGUGGCAGGCAGCUCUGUACCAUUACAGCAAGUUCCAGUGUGGGGGUGUCCUGGUGCACCCAGAGUGGGUGCUCACCGCUGCCCACUGCAUAAACACAAUUACCAGCUCUGGCUGGGUCGCUACAACCUGUUCGAGCAUGAAGACACGGCCCAGCUUGUCCAGAUCAGGGAGAGCUUCCCUCACCCUGAAUUCAACCUGAGUUUCCUGAAGAACCAUACCCGCCUCCCAGAAGAGGACUACAGCCAUGACCUCAUGCUGCUGCGCCUCGCAGAGCCCACUCAGAUUACGGAUGCUGUGAGGGUCCUGGACCUGCCCACCCAGGAACCCCAAGUGGGGAGCACCUGCUGUGCCUCUGGCUGGGGCUGCAUCGAACCCGAUAAGUGUAUGCCAGGGCCAGACCCUGCAGCCUUUAGUCCAGACAUUUGGCUGUCGGGAGGAGGGGGCUGGGGUCUGGACUCUGGACCUGAGGGAGGACGGGCUGAGGAGUCACCUGGGGUCUGGCCACCGCCCUUUUUCUCUCUGGUCUGUAGUCAUAUAUCCAGAUGAUCUCCAGUGUGUGGACCUCCAA